UCUUGCAGUAUAACACGCAUAGUUCCUUUAUUUAAGUAUAUUUCGUCAAAUUUGUUCACAGGCGCUCAGGCUUCUUUGACAUGACUGUAUUUACAAUGAAGGAAGGACACCCGACAUCGGGACAGACCAACCAAGCGAUGCGCACGCACAGCCGUGCAAGUACGGUUGGGGGUUAGCACUUUGAUUUCUGAGUCGAUAGUGACGCGUGAUUAUUUUCUGGGCUUUAGGGGAAACAGAGCGGUGUCCUGUCACCUGCUGGAGAGCUUUGAACAAUCUGAGGUGCUUCUCUGAACGGCGGCAUCUCAGAGGGAAAGUCGUCCUGCAGAAGCCAGGCCUUCCAGGGUGUGAACUCGCUUUCUCCAGGUGGCCCGCUGUGUCGUCGCAGAGCUUUCGUUGCUAGAAGAGUCUCGCCCUGGGCCCACUGUCCCCUCACUGGGCAGGGCUGGCGGCGCUCGGCCGGCCCCCGCGGCCCCCGGCGGUGGGGCGGCGCCAGCCCUGGGCCGAAGCCCCUCCUCCGCUCGGCCAGCCCCCGGCCCAGCCCUCGGCGCGCGGCUCUGCGUGGCGGACGGGACGGCGUCUCCGGGGACAUGCGGUCACUCGUCUGGGCGCUGGCAGCCGGCGUGCUGCUGGCGCUGGCGCCGGGCCGGGCGGGCGCCCCGAGGACCAGCAGGCGGCCGGCGCGGCCUCGGGGCUGCGCGGACCGGCCUGAGGAGCUCCUGGAGCAGCUGUACGGGCGACUGGCGGCCGGCGUGCUCGGCGCCUUCCAGCACACGCUGCAGCCCGGCCCGCGCGAGCAGGCGCGCAACACCAGCUGCCCAGGGGGCCGGCCCGACCGUCGCUUCCGGCCGCCCACCCCGCUGCGCAGCGUGUCGCCCUGGGCCUACAGGGUCUCCUACGACCCCGCUCGCUUCCCGCGGCUGCUGCCCGAGGCCUACUGCCUGUGCCGCGGCUGCCUGACUGGGCCGCGCGGCGAGGAGGACCUGCGCCUGCGCAGUGCGCCUGUGCUGCUGCCCACCGUGGUGCUGCGCCGCACGCCGGGCUGCACGGGCGGCCGCGCAGUCUACGCCGAGGAGUAUGUGGCCGUCCCCGUGGGCUGCACGUGUGUGCCCGCACCCGGCAGCGACGACCCCGACGUCAAGGAGCGACUCCGGGACCCGCAGGGGGACCCCGCACGCGCCCCCGGCUCCUAGCGGAAUCCAGCACAUAGCUGCUGGGAUCGACGGCGCUGGUUGCCGGGUGGCGCAGGGACAAGGCCUGCUGCAGUGUGUGCAGGGGACAGCCUCCACACCUAAGGAAGUGAUAGACGGAUGCUUUUUAAACGUCAUUUAAAAGAAUGUAUACCUACUUGUUUCCAAUAGGGACAGAAACUAUUUUUAUCAGCAAUUUUGAGCUAUUAAAAUCUUACGACAAACAUUGUCUUCACUUUGUCUGCUAGGUUUUUAUCACACUUGGAAUCCUCACAUAAACUCUUUUUAGCUGGUGCUGUGGUCUGGGUCCCUGAAGCCAGCGUCCCCACCUGCUGGCACAACUUGAGGCACAGGGCUAAACUUGACCUGCUGCCCCUGCCUCUUACGAGUCUCCAUCAGCUGCUGCAGGCGUAAAAGGAAAGCACAGGAGGCGCGGGUCACCACACACAUAUCCCAGAAAUUUCAAAUUGGGUUUUAUUCACCAGUAUGUCAAUGCCACAGAUUUACACAAUUUUUUCACUUGAAAGUCAGUUGGGCCAAUUUGUGGAUGAGACCAGGCUAGAGGUGGUGGUUUGUGAUGUUUGCUACUCCUCGGGAAGAACCCAAGUCAGGGCUAAUUUUAAGGGCUUCAGAACUCGCCAGAGGAGAGUGGGCCAGCUUUCUGUCUGUACUGCAACGAGCUGAAUCCUGACCUCCUUCUGUUGACUGAAGUCUGUCCCUAACAGUGAUUUGUAAAUGUGAGAAGUUCUUCUAAACCAUUAAAAUGACUGUCAGUGAA